ACAUGCACCCAACUUAUAAAGAAAGCUUCUUUCCGCAACCCCGAAGACGACUGACUCGGUACAACAACAAAAAAAACCGGGAAUGGCGAAGGCAGUGCUUCUGAUUCUCCUCAGUGCGUAUGUAAUUACGGAAAUGCCACAGGCUAGCUGGGCGAAUCGCCCGGAGGAAGCACCCAAGGAGAAGGUGACGAAUCUUCAGUUCUAUUUCCACGACACGUUGAGCGGCAAGAACCCCACCGCCGUCAGGGUGGCUCAGGCCCCCGACUCCGACAAAUCCCCCACCCUCUUCGGCGCCACUUUCAUGGUCGACGACCCUCUCACUGAGACCCCCGAUCCCAACUCCAGGCUCCUCGGCCGCGCCCAGGGCCUCUACGGUUCCUCGGGUAAACAGGAGAUAGGUCUGAUCAUGGCUAUGAGCUUCUGCUUCGUCGACGGUCCGUACAAGGACAGCACCAUAAGCUUGGUUGGGAAGAACCCGGCGAUGAACCCGGUUCGGGAAAUGCCCAUCGUCGGCGGCACUGGUUUAUUCCGAAUGGCUCGUGGGUACGCCAUCGCCCAAACCCACUGGUUAGAUCCCACCACCGGCGACGCCAUCGUCGGCUAUAACGUUACCGUUUUUCAGUAGAUCGCCUGUUCCCGUUUGACGUGAUUUUCACUAUUGCUACCUGACUUGUACUCAUCCGCUUGCAUCAUCAUCACCAUUAGAAUUACACCUUGGUCGCGUUUACUAAAAAUAGAUUUAUGGGCUUGAUAAUGGGCCUAAAUAAUAUCUGAAUAUAAGCCCAAUUUAGGGAAAACACGUGUUCGAACCGAUCCGACGGCGGAGAAAGCCGCAGAUGCGAUCCCACCGGCUCUGGUCGACAAACAUCUCACCGGUGCUAUUACUAGGAGGAUGAACCAGGGGAGAGGUCUCCUCGCAUGGCGGAUUCUUCCUCCAAUGCCAAUGAAAGGAAAGGGUAAUAUUCGGACAUGACAGAGUCAUCCUGUGAAGAAAGGGUAAUAAUCCUACCAGGAAUACGAAAAAGAAACACACACACGUACGCGUAAAUCAAAUGUGAUUGGAGAAGAAUAAUAUAAUUUUGACGUGGGAGACAACAGAGACAAAAGGAAAGGAGAGAGAGAGAGAGAGCAAUGCAGAUACAAGUGGACCAACCAGAAGCGAGCAAUCAUCUCUCCAUCAAUCAAUCAAAUACAAUCCAACCAAAUCAUUUUCAUCACCAACCAAUCCAUCCCCACAAAUCAAAAGAUACAUAAGAAAUUAUGCAUUUUUAUUACUUUUAACCAAAGGAACAUCAUUAUUGUUAUCAUUAAACAAUGUCUAAUUACGUAUAUACUCUUAAUAUCAUUUACUUCAACAAAAGCGGAUUUCUCUAUCACUGGAAAAAACC